AUGGCGAAAGAAGCUAAAAGCUCUACCAAAGGCCCCGUCAAGGAAGUUAUCAAACCGAUGACUGCCAGGUACCUUAACUUCAUUGUUGAGGUUGUCAACCAUCCCGAAGCCCAGAUCAACUUCUCCGCUAUUGCGAAAGACAUGGGCGAUACCACCGGCCAUAUUCGGGACCGAUUCAAGAGAGCGAUGGCGCGUGCAGCCGCACUCGCAGAAGGCAAAAUUGAGAAGGCCGAGGAUACCGAUGCGUCAGAGACUGAAAACGUCUAG